AUGGACGACGAAAAAAUGCUGACUCAAAUCUACAAAUCUCCAAACCGAUUCCUCUUCAUCGCCUCCAUCGGCAAUCCAGCACCAUACACCGAAACGCGCCACAGCGCAGGGCAUCUAUUACUCGACGUUCUUCAGCCACACUUACACUCACGUAUCGGCCUAUCAACACCAGGAAACAGCAACAACAAGACCCUCUCCAAAUCAAUAUUCUACUCAACAUGGAAAUCACCAUCAUUAAUGAACAUCUCCGGACCACCUGUGCUCCGCCAACUGAAGAGUUGGCUCGCAGACCGCAGGAAAUAUUUCGAUUCUUUGGUCAAUCAUAAUACUGCACUAUCUUCAGAACAAAGUAGUAACGUGCAGUUACUCAAAUCAGCGUCAUUGGAAUCCAUCACAAUCGAUACUCGCGGUCUGACGCAGAGGUUCAGACCAACCCUCGUCAUUCUGCAUGACGAACUAGAGGCCAAACCAGGACAGAUCAAAAUUCGGCGCGGGGGUCCUCAGCAGGCUAGUCUUAGGGGCCAUAAGGGGUUGAUUAGUAUCAUGGAGAGUCUGAGGGGUGCUGGUCUUCUUUCGCCUUCUACAGCAACCACAGGCGCAAAGUCGGCGACGUCUAUGGCCAUUUUGAGAAUUGGAAUUGGGAUUGGUAGGCCUACGAGCCGUGAACGGAAUGCUGUGGCGGAUUAUGUCUUGUCGAAGAUGGGGUCUCAAGAAAUGCAGGCUUUGAGGGAGGCGGUGCCAGAGGUUGUGGAGGUGUUGGUGCAAGAGAUGUAUAGGCGGGAUGAGGAUGAGAUAUGA